AUGGGCUCAAAUAAUGAAGAACCGGUAGUCAUUGGACAGUCAUCUGGAACUAGACCAAACGUAACAGCUUCUCAGGCUCAUGGGCCUGUUGUGGUGGUGGAAGAGAAAAAUGAAGCAGAGAAAUUCGAAGAAUAUAUGAAAAAGUACCACAAUCUUCCCGACUUUGAGAUUUACGAUCAAGAAUUGCUACCCGAGGUAGAGUUUAAUAGUACUGAGUUUGAUAGCCUCGAUUCGGCCCCGAAAUUGUUCCCGGAUACCAGUUUGUUGAAGAUCCGGUCGAGCUUACUGCCGAAGAGAUUUUCAGAACUCCGUUGGUCGAUAAUUUUAUCGAUUCCUUGUUUGUCAAGCCUCCACAAGUCGACGCUCCUCCAAGUGCUCCUCCUGCAUGCUCCUCCGCAGCAGCUCAAGUCCCUGGGAAUCCUGUCCCUUAAGGCCUUAAAGGUCGUCGUCAGACAACUGAAGAAUGUGUAA